AAGUCUAACGAAGGCUACUUUACUUUUCCUCCAUGAUCCAUCAAACCCUAACUAUUGCGGCCAUUUGUAUCAUUUCUUCCUCUCCAGCUUCGCGGAUCAAACGAAAUUACGAUGAGCAAGCACCAGAAAUCCGUUAGGAAAGAUGGCGGCUCAUCUAAGACUGCCGGCGCUGUUCGGUACGCAGAGUGCUGCAAGAACCACGGCCUUUCCAGGGGGCAAUCAUCUCUCACCGACGGCUGCAUGGAAUUCCUGGCCAGCAAGGAGGAUUCUCCCAGGGGCGCUUCUAUUUGCGACGCUUGCGGCUGCCACCGGAGCUUCCACAAAAGGAAGGUGGCCGGGGCCGGAGAGGCAAGAUAUGAUGAUUGCCGUAAGAACCACACCUUGCAUAAGAGUAGCUACGCGAUCAAAGACGGGUGCAUGGAGUUCGUGGCCGGCACCCAAGGGGCUGCUAUUUUCUGCGCCGGCUGCGGCUGCCACCGGAGUUUCCACAAAAGGAACGAUGAGGAGGCGGAGCCGUCCAAGCCACGGGGUCGGGGCAGCGGUUCUGCGUACGAUAGUGAGGAGUCGUAUGAUUAAUCUUGGAAUUAACGAAGUGCUUGAAAGUGGAUGUUGUAAUAAACUGAUCAAAACGUAGUUAUAGUACUUUGGCAGCAUCCAGCUUAGCAUUUCUUGCAUUUGGUCUCAAUUUGGUUUAAUGGAGCUCUGUGUUUUGGUGGGUUUCUUAAUCCAAGUUUGGUAAAUCUAGCAUUUUUAAUUAAAAAUGCCUACAAAAACAGUCUCUUUA